AUGUCGUUUGCUGUUGAACGCGGGGCUGCCAUCGCGAGCGUGGCUGUGGUGAUGCUACUCAGCACCGACGAUAAUCCCCUACUCCAGGGCGACAGCGGACCGCCCUGCUCCCUGCAUAAGACUCAGCCCUCCACCGGCGGCAUCACCCGGCCUGGCUCCUGGUGCUCCACUGGAGUCCUGCCCGCACGCUUCACUGGCGCAGGCAGUGGUGCUGCUGCGGGAUGGGCGCUGGCGGCACCCAGACCGGCGCUUCGAGUCAUCUUCCACGCUGGCCAGGUGACGGCUCGGUCAGCACUCCAGGUGGCGUCGUAA